AUGGCACCAAAAGGAAAAGGAGGUUGGCAAGCAUUGGAGUCCAAUCCUGAGACGAUCAACCCGUUCCUGAAAAAAAUCGGAGUCAGUGGGUUGGAAUGUGUCGAUGUCUACUCAUUCGACGAGGAGAUGCUCCAAUUCAUUCCCACACCACAGCUCGCUAUGAUUCUUUGCUUCCCAAGUUCCGAAGCUCGUGAAUUUCUCUCCAAGCAAUACGAAGAGGUUGAAAAGAAUGGAAAGAAGCCGGAAGGUGUAUUCUUCAUGAACCAAAGCGAAGACAUCGGAAAUGCAUGUGGCACAUUUGCUCUAUUUCAUUCGCUGGGAAAUCUUGAAAAUCGGGUGAACCUUGGAAAAGGAAAAUUUGCGAAAUGGUUUGCAAAGGCUAAGCUGGUUAAAGAAGACGAACGCUCCGAUCUGUUGUCUGAAGACACUGAUCUAGCUGAAGCUCAUGAUGAGACAGCAGGAGAAGGAGACACUGAACAAACCGACAAUGUGGACUACCAUUUCAUUACAUACGUCAACAAAGAUGGUCAGCUUUAUGAAAUUGGUAAGUAUACAUUUGGAGUGUUAAUAAAAUAUGGAAAUUUUUCAGACUCUUGUGCUCCAUUCCCACGUCCGCUUGGAUCUACAUCCGAUGCGUCAAUGAUCAAGGAUGCUUCCGUUGCUAUCAAAGAGCUCAUGAAUAAUGUCGCCAAUCUCAAUUUUUCUGCCAUGGCCCUCAUUGGGAAGUAA